AGACCUUCAAUUUGUUCCCUUCUAAAUUCCCUUCUGGCCUCGAUUCCUUUUAGCCCCUGCGAUCAUCUUUUUCUUCAAAUCGGAUUCCGACGACGGAAGUUUCUGAAAAUCGAAACCCUGAUGUUUCGGUUCUGUUGAUCUGUAUGUAAAUUCAUUCCGUCAUCGUUGAAUCGGGAAGCUAGAAACUCUAAAUUGCUGAAUUUUGGACCUCAAUGGUGAUGUUAAUGGCGGGUCAGCGAGAAGAAGAGGACUUCAGAAUGGCUCUGGGGAUGAGCAUGCAGAAUGCCCAGCCAGAGCUGAAGCGGAGCAAGCCAGGGGAAGUGGCUGCCUCAGGAGUUACUGUAAUGACUACGCCGGAGGAGGCCUGGCGGUUGCAGCGUGAGCUAAUGGCGGCGGCAGCUGAGAAGCGGAUGCAGGCGGCUAAAGCCCUAACGGCUUCUGCUUCUCCACCAUCGAAAAUUGAGAAAAGCGGAGACCUUUUGGGGAAAGACAUGGAAACAAGAGCGAGGGAAGGGGAUUCGUCAAAGGAAUUAUCAGAAAAGGAAGCGAAGCAAUUAUUUUCUAUGGUGUUUGGGAGUGGUGUUUCCAAGGAUAUACUUGCUCAGUGGAGUAAUCAGGGUAUUAGGUAGGUGCAGUUUUGUGGCCAAAUUUGCUUCUUCAAGUGAGAAUAAAAGUAUAAUCUUGGCUCAAUUUACAUGCAUUAAUUAUAUAAGCUUAUGAUCCUUCGGUCCUAAACCUUAGUUUUAUAUAAAUAAAAUUAAUCUCUUACGAUUGCAGAUAACUGGUAUGUGUUACUUUUGACAUCGGGAUGUGACAUUUAUAUGGUAUAAUUGGUAGAAUUAUUGUAUCAUAUUUCAAAUGAAGAGAAAGGGAGUUUGCCACAAGCAUUAUGUUGCUUCAUCCUGUUAUAUUUGUCUGAAGAGAAAAGAGUCCAUGAUGUAAUUAAUUGUGGAAUUUUUUUUUUUUUUAAAUCAUAGUUGCUAGAAUUUGAAGUUCUACUUUACAAUUGUAGAUAUUAGAAGCUGUAUUCCAUUAUUGUCUUUUCAUUUUUUAAUGUGUCAGUUUCUUUGGCAAUGAAAGAUUCCACAUGAC